AUGUCAUCCGACGACAAGGAAAUGUCCCCCGUGGACGCCUCGCCCGAGACAAAUUCUGCCAAGCGCAAGGCCGAUGUCGAGGAGAUUGAAGUCGACUUGGCGGCACCCGAGCCGCCGUCGAAGCGCGCCCGUCGUGCGAUGAAGAAGGGCAAGAGCGCGACAUCGAAAGCGAAAAAGGACAACGACAACAACGACCUCGAAGAAGAAGAGACGACGAACAAGGAUAAAAAGGACGACAAGGCGGCGCGCUCGGAGCACGGCGUCUGGAUCGGCAACCUGCGCUUCACCGUGACGCCGCAGGAGCUGCGCCAGUGGCUCAUUGACAACUCGGGCGGCGUCCUCACCAGCGAGAUGAUUACGCGCGUCAAGCUGCCGCUGUCCAAGACGCCCGGCCGCGACAAGAGCGAGCCGGCCACCAACAAGGGCUUCGCGUACGUCGAUUUCUCCGACAUUGGCGGCAAGGUCGCCGCCGUUGCGCUGUCAGAGACGGAGUGGCACGGCCGCCGGCUGCUGAUCAAGGACUCGACGUCGUUUGAGGGCCGCCCGAAGAAGGAGCCCGAGGCGAAAGAGGACGACAGAAAAGGCGGCGCCAAGAAGCCCGCCGUGGACCCCAAUGCCAGUCGCAAAAUCUUUGUCGGCAACAUGAGCUUCAAGACGACCGAGGACGAUUUGCGGCGCAACUUUGAAAAGUGCGGCGAGAUUGAGUGGGCUAAGAUUGCGACGUUUGAAGACACGGGCAAGUGCAAGGGCUACGGCUGGGUCAAGUUUAAAGAGGCCGAAGCUGCCGCGUGGGCCGUCAAGGGCUUUGUCAAGAUCAAGGAGGCUGUCGAGACGGAGGACGAUUUCCGGGACGACAGCGGCGGCGACGACGACGACGAUGACGAUGGUGAUGAUGGUGAUGAUGGUGAUGAAAAGGACGAGGACGCGGACAAGCCCAAAAAGAAGCGCGGCCAGCAGCAGAAGCAGCAAAAACAGUUCAAGACGCGCAAGUGGUACGUGAACCGCAUGCUCGGCCGUGAGCUCAAGCUCGAGCUGGCCGAGGACGACCAGUCGCGCUACAGGAAGCGCUUCGGCAAGGACAGACCGGCCAACGCGGCCGGACAGCGCGGGCCGCGCCAGGAUGGUGGCGACGGGAGACGGCACGAGCACAAAAAGGCAGAGACGGCAGAGGAUAUUCAGACGGCGCGGCUGAUGGGCAGGGUGGUUGAGCAUACGGGUUCCAAGGUGACGUUUGAUUGA